UUAUAUACCAAUUUCCUAACAAAGUCAGAGAGAAGUCUUUAGCGUACUCAACACACAGGCUUCUUUUUUUCCCUCCAUUUUUUGGCCUCACCAUUUUUCACUUCACUUCUUUCAUCUUCCUCCUUCGUCCCAACUGAAAGAGUGAGAAAAAGAGAGAGAGAGGUCUUAAAUUUAUUACAUUUUGCAAAUUAAUUCCUUAUUUAUAGUUUCAAUCUUCAUUACACAAUACAUUAUUUCUACAAUUUCAUUUUUAUUACUCAAAUUCUUGAUUAAUCUACAUUAAUUAUUAUUCUACUCACCACAAUUAGUAUUCAUUGCGGUGCAAUUUCUGAGAUUAGGGUUUCUCGUUAUACAAAAUCAAAUGAAUUCUAACAACAAGAGAAUCAUCAAUGGAGGAGAUGACAAUUGUUCAAGCAAGAAGAAGAAAUCAAUUCCUUUGUUGAACCGAAAAACUUCCUCCGUUUGGAUUGACCUAAUUGAAUUAGGUGAUAAAAUUGAUGAUAACGACAACGAUAACGACGACGACGAUGAUGAUGAUAAUGGUAGUAGUAUAUUGGGUAAAGGCUGUAUCUCUUCAAUGCUAAAACCCGACACGCCUUACACGAUCGGGCGGAGCAGUAGGGAUGCACAUUUCAUGUUCAAGGACCCCCGUGUUAGUAAGCAACAUUGUCAGAUUUUAUUUGAUACUUCUUUUAAGAAAUUAUACCUUCUUAAUGGUGCUCUUUUAUUUUCUGAUUCUAGUAGUAGUUGCAAUUGUGAUAGUAAUUACUGUAAAGUUAAUCAAUUUAGGGAUAGAUUGCUUGUAAAGGAUAGUUAUAAUGAGAAAAAGGAGGUUUCUUGUUGUAAUUGUACAUAUAGUGUUAAGGCUUCUUUGAAUGGAGUGUUUGUAAAUGGGGUUAAAAUUUGUGAGGGUGUGGUAGUGGAGUUGUCUGUUGGAGAUGUGGUUAUGCUAGUUUGUGCAAAUGAAAAUGGUGUUUGUGGUUUGAGGUCUUGGAUUGGGUUUAUGGUUAGGAGGGUUGUUUUUGGAGAGGAGCUCGUUUUGCCGAGUUUUGAUAAAUUUCAGAUUGAGGGGCAGAGAAUAAUUGGACCCUUGUUGCCUGGUAAGGUGAACAAGAGGGUUUUUGCUCUGAGGACGAGUAAUUCAAAGUCGUUGAGUUUGGAAUGUGAUGAGGUUGUUGGAAGAGCCAAGUCUUUGCUGACUCGCUGCAAUUUGAUUUUGCAAAGCAAUGAUCCUGUAUCUUGUAUUAGACGGUGUAUAGCUUCUUGCACAGUUGGUGGGUCAUCUGAUUGCAUCUCUAAGCUAAAAAAAAUUUCAGGGUUAGAGCCAUGUAGUAAUACCAAAUGUCCAACGAGCGGUGUUGUAAAUGUGGCACCCCUAAAGCAACAACCCUUUGAAACUUUUGAUAUAGAAGGCAUUAGAGAUUUGAGAGCUACUGUGGUACAAUCAACUACUAAUACCGUAGGCUUUGGUGAAAAGAUGGUAUCGUCAAUGCCAAUAGCUCACACUUCAUACCCAAAUGGAUGUACUGAUGCUGCUUUUGGUAGUCUUGGCAAAUGUAAGACAGCUAAUGAUUCAAAGCUUAUCUGUGUUGAUGGGAAUGACUCUUCACAUUGUGAAGGUAUUGGUCAGAAUGAAAGCCAGGAGACAUUUCCUCCACCACCUGGGAAGAACUUUUACUUGAACGGCCUAAAAAACAUGCGUCAGUGUUCGUCUAAACAAGAUAAAAUUGUUUCCUUGCCUGAACUCCUGCAUCCUGUCAAUAGCAUCUUGAGAAUGUUUAUUGCGACUUUUACAAGUGAUAUUGAGUGGUUUCUGUCAUAUUGUGAUAUUCCUUCCCAACUGCAUGUUACAGUGGCAUGCCAUAACACUGAGAGAUGCUGGAGUGCGGACCGCAGCAAGAGAUCCUGUGCGCCUUAUCCCAACUUCCCCAAUCUAGUUGUACUGUACCCUCCUUUUCCAGAGUCAAUAGCUUUUGGCAAUGAUCGGAAAAAUCGUGGUGUUGGUUGUCAUCAUCCAAAGUUGCUUGUUUUGCAAAGAGAAGAUAGUAUCCGUGUCAUAAUAACAUCUGCUAAUCUCGUGGCUAAGCAGAAUCUACAGUGGCACAGCGUAACCAACACCAUUUGGUGGCAAGACUUCCCACGGAGGAAAUCCCCUGAUGGCACAUUCCUUUUUAAUCACUUUAAUGAAACUAAGAACGGUAGUUUGAGAUCAGAUUUUGCCGCUCAGCUGGCAGGAUUCAUGGCAACACUUAUGACUGAUGUUCCUAGUGAGGCCUACUGGAUCGUUGAGUUGACCAAGUAUGAUUUUUCAGGGGCUAACGGCUAUCUAGUUGCUUCGGUUCCCGGAAUUCACUCAUAUAGAUCUCGAUCUGCAACAUCAUCUGCCUGUAAAUUUAGAUCUACUGAAAUGUUACUUGGCUCAGUUGAAGCAAGUGUAGUUGGUUUAAGUCAUCUUUUCCGGACAGCUGCUGAUACAAAUGGUCUACAGCUUAAAAAAUUGGCUGCUUAUCUUGGAAAAUCUUCUGAACAAGGUUGUGGGAUGUCUGAGAUUCUACUAAGAAGAGAAAAAAAUGUAUCAUCGGAUCCCAAUGCUGUGAGUGUUGUUGUUCCUAACCCCACAGAGUUAAAGGGAGAUUACGUACAACUUGGUUUCCUUCCUCGAGUUGUUGCAAAGUGGGUUUCUCCACUAUGGGAUAUGGGAUUUUUUAGAUUCUGUGGCCACCUGUGUCCCAAGGAAGCGCUUGCAGCUGCUUUUGGAGAAAACAGGCUGAAAGUACAAUUGAUUCUUCAUGUAUCUCAGGGACCCAACUUUUUGGACAUUCCGAAAAUGAUGGAACCUGAACAUGCUGUUGCAAUGUGCUCUCUUGUUGCUUCACUUCAGAGAUGUACAGGUCUGUGGCGAAUGGAAGAGGUGCUACAUCAAUAUAAUUGGCCUGAAGCCUUGGAGUCCGAUUUUAUUUAUGGUUCAUCGUCUAUUGGGACUUCAGUCAGUGCACAAUUUAUAGCAGCAUUUUCUGCAGCUGCUGGUAAGAGAUCACAUCACGUGUUUGAUUCAGAAGAAUCUGAUCCAGAGUGGGGAUGCUGGACUGCGACCCAUGAACUGAAGCAUCCAUCAAUAAGAGUCAUUUUCCCAACCAUCAACCGAGUAAAGAAUGCACACUGUGGAAUACUGCCUUCACAACGCCUCCUUUGCUUUUCAGAGAAAACGUGGCAAAGAUUGAAGAUGGUUAACAUACUCCAUGAUGCUGUUCCUCAUCCCAGCGAACGGGAAGGAUACCCCAUGCAUGUCAAGGUAGCAAGGAGACGCUUUAAAAACAAAAUAGAUGGAUCUUCAUUUGGCUGGAUUUACUGCGGGUCACAUAACUUGAGUGCUGCUGCCUGGGGACGACCAAUCUCAAGCAAAUCUGGCAUCCGGAGUGGAACAAAUGAAGAUCACUCUUCAAACUUGAGGCUUCAUGUAUGCAACUAUGAACUUGGUAUCAUUUUUGUUUGUCCUCCACCGGGGAGUAAUGUCAGCAGUCCAGGCAUCUCCCAAAAUCUGGACGAUAUUAGUUUACCCUUUGUUGCGCCUGCCCCAAGAUACGGGCCAAGAGAUAGGCCAGCAACAAAGCGUGCUAUGAGUGAGGCCUUAGCAGAACUUGCCAAGAAUGGAAGACUUUCAGACCUUGCUGUUGGAGAAGAGAUGGCAGAAGAGGUUCCUGAUGAGGAUGAUGAAGUUGAAGUAGUGAACUGUGUGGUGCAUGAGGAGGACGAGGAGAAAGCCUAUGCUGAUGUAUUAUGGCACCAGGUUGACUCAUCUCAAAGCUCUUGAAGCUCACUUUGUACUCGAAGAAAAUAUCAUUUGUCGCAUACACAUAAUAUAGGGUAGUCUAUAAAGAGUAUAGCCUUGUAUACUAGAUGUCUAGAUCACAAGUGAAUCUUAAGCAUAAGUCACUUGAAAAUAGACUGAUGCUUCUACUACAUUAUGUAUUCAGAAGGGAUAAGGUGAAAAUCCGCGAAAGUAUUGGAAGUACACUUAUUAGAAGGCAUUUGGCCCUUUUAUUCGCUUUUAAGUUUGUAACAGAUGAUGGUGUUGGUAAUUGAAUUUAGAUGGUAUUUUGUAUAGGGAGUUCCAAACUUCCAUGUAAUGCUCAUGAUAAUGGAACUUGAUCUUACCGAA